AUGGCUACAAACAAUACAACCAUAGACCAGAUCCUCCUGCCUGUCGAAAGCAAUGGGUCCUACAUCCUUGACAUGAAGGAAUUGCAAAGGGAAAUGACGAGGCCUCUGCUGACAGCACUGCUAAUGGCGUUUGCCUAUUCCAUCAUCUUCCUGGUGUGUUUGGUUGGAAACUUGAUCGUGUGUGUGAUGAUCCUGAAGAGUAAGAGGACAACCAGCGCUACCGACUACUUCAUCUUUAACCUGGCAAUAUGCGACCUUCUGGUGGGCAUCUUCUGCAUACCCUUCACUUUCGUCAGCCACGUAUUCCCAGUACUAUCUCUGGGGCCAUUCGCCUGCAAGUUCAUUCCGCUGGCUCAGGGAGUCGCUGUGGGAGCAUCUGUUUUCACUCUGAUGGCCAUUGCAUACGACAGAUACAGACUGGUUAUUCACCCCAGCCAAAACAAGGCUCCUGUGAAGUACUGGUCCUGUAUCCUGGCCGGCGUGUGGGUGUCAGCCAUCUCCAUCAUGGUCCCCCAGGCCGUCGUUAGAGAGGAGAUCAGCCACAUGCUCCCCGGGGGAGACAUCAAAGUGUGUCUGGAGUUCUGGCCUUCCUACACCCAGCGGCAGGCCUACAGUGCCGCCCUGCUGGCCUGCUGCUACCUGGGACCGCUCGUCAUCUCCGCCUGCCUCUAUCUCAUGGUCGCUGUCACACUCCGCCGGAGGAAGAUCACCAACAACACCAUGCACGCCUCCCAGCGGUUCAACAAGGUAACGAAGAUGUUGGUCAUCGUGAUCGUGCUGUUCACGCUGUCCUGGAUCCCGCUCUACACCUGCUGGAUGGUGGAAGACUUCGGCAAGCUCACAGGGUCUAAGAAACUCAUACUGCACGAUUAUGUCUACCCUUUCGCCCAUUGGUUGGCCUUCUCAAACAGCUGUGUGAACCCGCUGCUAUAUGGGUACUUCAACAAGAGCUUGCGCAAACGGUUUCGGGACUCCCUAGUGCGCAAAUCUGACAAUGAGAUCACGGGAGGGAACAUCUCACUGAAGAUCAAGGCGAGCGUCAACAGAAAAGCCAUUCUGAAGUACCGCCGUAAUUCAAAUAAGUGAAUACGCCCGAUAACGCCGUAAGACGUUUAAGGGUAGGGUAUGAGGUACAACAGAUAUCUAUGGUAUACCAUAUCAACUGACCUGAUAUAGCAUACACUAAACUAUGUCAGAAUAACAGAAAUGCAUGACUCGCAAUCUUAUCUGGAUGCGAAAGUCUCUCACGUCAAUUAACGUUACCGUUGGAUUAAACAUGCAACUUUAUGCCUACAAAUCCAAUAAACAAACAGUACAUCUGGAGAUGUUUUGCUAGUUCGUUAGGCAAUAAAAGAAUGUUACCCAAAUCCAACAGUCGAAACGAUGUUCAAACUGCAAUUAGCCAUUAUCCGCAAGAGGCUCUUUUGAGCCGCAGCAGUGAGUGAAAAAACGUACGUGUCCGACCAUGGCUCGGAUCACGAAACAUCCCUACCUAUUCAUGCCAGUAAUACACAAGCUUUCAUGCCAAAUCAUUUUCAUAUCAGUUGGGAGCGAUGAAAGGGAAUUUGUUAUCCACCUAAGUACACGCUUUUCAUGUGACAUGUCCAAUUUUUUAUUUUGUGCUCAAACUCUUUUAGAGUCCACACUCGGAGUAACACAGGAACGCGACGUGAAAGUAUACACUACCAACCAAUUCAAGAAUUUAGCUUAUAAGCUGGUAAAUCAAGAUGUUUGCCCAGUCGCUGACGACAGUCGAUACUGUCUGAAACGUUUAACCGUUUCUAAAAGCAUACCAUUUGCUUAAUUGAGUAACUAUUAUUUGGCAAAUCGAUCCAACCUCAUUACUAUGUAGACACUGUCGGUUAAAAUUCAGCAAGUAUUGCAAAAAAAAUGCAUUCCAAGACGGGUAAGGUAUGAGCGACAAAAAAGGUCCACAAUGUCAGGAAGAUUUAGACUUUGCAUCGACGAGGGUAUCAAAUAAAUAACCAGUUUUAUCCAGAUCACAGGGCACAGGUACAUUAAGUAGUGCGUAUAAAAUUAUUGUAGUCUGCCAAGGUAGAAAGUCUUAUUUCAGUGGCAGUGAGGUACGGCCUGUGAAGCGGGAAUAUGUCAGUUUCAAAACUGUAUGAUUUGGAUUAUAAAGUUUCUCCAGUUCGUGUGUACAUGCGCCUCAUGGCGCAGACGUAACCAUCUUUCUUGGUGAGCCGUCUGCACUCAUUUGAUAUCCGCAGAUUGCAAUGGCAUUUCAAGGCGGGCGUCAGUCAAAAGGCGAUAUGCAGACAGAACUGUUUUGUUUUUGAAUAUUCUGUGGGCUGUUUAAUGAACUCAGAAAAUUUCCUUUAUCGUAUUUCUCUGUUGCACUAUACUAUAUAUGUUUUCCACGUCAAAAUCUGUCACCUUAGCUUGUGGUCCUUAACUAUACAAUAUAGAAAUCUCUUAGGCCGAAAACCUUCAGCAAACAGACAUGCAGGUGUGGGGGUGGGCUGGUGUCUCAAUCUCUCUGAGGACGCCGUUUGUUUUUACUCCAAGCCGCCGACACUGUAUCAGCCAUGACACUGGCGAAGACACGCAGACGUCAGUGUCUGAUGGUUGGCGGGAGAAGAAAAACAACAACCAUGAUUGUGGAAAACAAACCAUUUCGUUGUUUUGUGGCGAAUUAACUUUGCAUUUGAAUAAAAGUGCCAAAUUUAUAUGGUUUC